CUCAGACAUAGCGAGAGAGACCGCAACAAGCGAGCGGUGUUGAUGCUAUUUUGUGGAUUGCUAAAUGAGUUGAAACUAUAUAGAGAGUUAUUUUCAAGUUUUUGCUUUAUAAUAGAGUCGUAGUAGGAUCCAAGAUGUUUGGUUUUCACAAGCCGAAGAUAUACCGGAGUUUAGACGGCUGUUGCAUCUGCAGGGCCAAGUCCUCGAGUUCGCGCUUCACGGACAGUCAGCGCUACGAGAGAGACCUCCAGAGCUGCUUCGGGCUGUGCGAAGCUCGCGCGGGGGAUAUAUGCAACGCCUGCGUCCUGUUGGUGAAGCGCUGGAAGAAGCUCCCGGCGGGAUCCAAAAAGAACUGGAAUCAUGUGGUGGACGCGAGGGGCGGGUCGAGCCCGAAGGUCACGGUGAGGCCCAAGCAGGUGAAGUCCCGGUCCGGGAGGGCGCGGCCGGGCCAGAUCAGCCGCAUACAGGACGAGCUGAAACGACACCACUCUGACGCUCACAGCACUACCUCCAGUAUGUCGCCGGCUCAGUCUCCCGGCUACAGUAACCUGUCCGACGAAGGUUCGGAUGCCGAACUCGCUCCGGGCUCCAGCCGUUCCCCGGUGUUCUCCUUCCUGGACCUCACCUACUGGAAGAGGCAGAAGGUGUGCUGCGGCAUCAUAUACAAGGGCCGUUUCGGAGAGGUGCUCAUCGACCCCCAUCUCUUCAAGCCCUGCUGUGGGAAGACCCAGGAGCACGAGCAGGAUCGGCAGCAGCAGCAGGAGGAGGAGGAAGAGGAGGAGGAGGAAGAUGCCCGAGAGCGAGAGAGAGGAGAGGGCGGGGAUGUCCGACGACCGCUGGGCGCACUGUCACCCGCCCAUGUCAAAGAAGAGGCAGCUGAGGUGGACGCGGUUUGGUGACUUCACACCAGCAAUUGGGUGUGACUGCGCACGCAU